GGGAGAACUGCCCCGUCGCCCGCGGGAGAGGAAGUGUGGGGUACCGCGCGGCCGCGUGGGAAGGGGCGAGUGAAAAGUUUUAAAGAAUAUGAAGAAUUCUGAACCAACAGCAAGGAAAAAGAACAAAGCUACAGAUCCUAAUUGUGGCCAGGUUGUUAUAAUUGAAAGCACUAAGAAAGGAUGCUAUUCAGAUUUAGCCAUAAGAGUCAAGCCGAACAAGAAGAAGUGCUUGGUAAAAGGAAUGGGUUCAGAACUGCUAGGCCCGAAGAAGAAAAAGAAACAGAGUAACUCUGAAUCAAAGAAGAAAGCACGUUCAAGGUCUCCCAUGAUUAUAGAAAACAACUCCGAUUCAGAAUUGUUAAGAGGCACCAGGAAAAGACUUAAGGUGUUCAAAAAAAAGAAAGACAGAAAGCUUUCUUAUAAACAAGUCCAAGAUUAUGAGGCUCUGGGUGAAGGGCAGCCUGGUGCUGAUUUUCAUGUGAAUAAAAAAUGCAACAGGAAUAUUCUUAAAGUUGAGGAGCAGGUUGAAGAACUGAUGAUGAAAAGGAAGAAGAAGACAAAGGAAAAAAGAAAACACAAACCUACUUGCUCUUUGAGUUUACAUAGUGGUGACAGUGAAGAGUCUGCGAAACAGAUCUCAGGAAAACAGAAAGCCGAUUGCCAAGAAAUGCUAUUCUCCAGUCAGAAAAAGAGAAGAACCCUUGGCCAGAAGGCUGUGGGUGACGGUGUUCUCGUCAAAAAGAAACACCGUAACUACCACAUGGGCAAUCAAGAGAAUAGCAAUGGCAUUUCAAAAGAAGGCACUGCCAACUCUGUCAGCAAGUUACAAGAUGCCCAGAGUUGGGACGGUCAUAUGCAGUGGCAGGAGGAUUUGGUCUGUAGCUCAGAAAAAGGUAGUAAAGCCAUCAAGAAGAAGAAGCGGCUGAAGAAAGCAAAUACUGGUUCCCUCUCCUCCUUAGCCAAGAAUCACAAAAACUAUGGCAGUGUUAAAUGCCAAUCUAAAACAGGACUGGGGGUUGGCAAGGUCCCUAAAGAAGUUAAUAAACCAGCGAAGAAGAAGCAGAAGAAGACAAGAGAAGCUGGAGAUGUAAGCCAUUUUUCAGAGGGUGGCCAAGACAUCUUGUCAGAGGUGGCAGCACCAGGAGGGAAAGAAAAGAGGAAGAAAGCAAAAAAGGCCAAAAUGGAACAAGAUUGCAUUGUGAGGAAUGACCAAUUUGAGGACAGCCAAGAACAUCAGAUCAAGAAAAAGAAGAAGAACAGGGAAACUGGAAGCUCUCAAGAUAGCAACUGGGAGGCGAGUUGGAAGCAAGCCAAGGCAAGAAAGGAAUCCAAGGAAACAGAAGACGAAAUAAAACUGGUGGCAUUCAGAAAAGGAAACUGUGAUGAAGUGAACAUAGACAAGGUGAGACGCCAAGCACUGCAAGAAGAGAUUGACCGGGAAUCUGGCAAAACCAAGAUUGUCAGGGAAGAACCGGACAACCGUUUUGGCCAGUGGAGCACAGCAACAUUUGAAACUUCAGAGCAAAAGGCAACGUUUCUCAGACUGAUGGGUGGAUUUAAAAAAGGCACGGCGUCAUCGCAGACUUCUCCAGCAAAUAUUAUCAAACCAAAUAUGGCUCUGGAUCGGAGCAGAGAACAAGAACUGCAACAUAACCUUCAGGCAGAAUUCGAGAAAGCCGUUGCUUUUAAGCACCAUCGAGGUAUCGGCCUGGGGUUCCAGCCCACUGCCCCAAGCCAUGUACACAUAGACAAAUACACUUCAAAAUCUAUUAAAUUUGAAGACUGACAUGUUGGGAAGGGAAGAACAAAUUGCCCAAACAGGUUGAGGUUUAAUAUUUUUCACCUACGACAAGAAAAUGACCCUGGAUUUUGACUCAGAUGCUGUUUCAAACAGGUGAGAGAUGGCCUCUACAAUACUUGAGAUCACUAGAUAUUGCUAGUGUGCGAAUAUGCAUAUACACACCCACACGUAUUUGUAAUGUUAUAUAUAUAUAUAUAUAUUUGUAAUGAAUUGCUGUUUGGCAGGUUUAAAGGGCCACUUAUGAUGAGUUUGGGAUGGGCAGUUGAGCUACUGAGUCAUAUAACAGUAUAGCUAAAUAAGUGGCAGGCAAGAAUAUAGCCUAGUUUAGCUCCAACUUCAGAGGUGGCAACAUGUGGAUUGCCUACAGGUUGCCACCAUUUUUUUCAACCUUCAAGUUUCCGUAUCAGCCACUGAAUCUUGUGGACAGAAUGUGAGGUUUGUCUGUUCAAUUUUUUUCUACUCCAGAUGCAAAACAAACAAUUCCCUCUACCCCAAAAGGUACGUUAAGGCCUGUUAAGUCUUGUCUCCCUACCAGCCCUGGCAUCUCCAGUCCCAUCGCUGUCAUCUUGGUCUAGUAGUGAAGGUGCUGGAUUUAAAAACCAGGAGACCAAGUUCCAGUCCUCCCUUAGCCAUCAAAGCCGGUUGGGUGAUUUGGGGCUAGUCCUCCCUUUCAGCCCAACCCACCUCACAGGGUUGUUCUCAUGGGGGAAAGAGGAGGAGGGACUAUUAUUUUUAUACAACUCAAAGUGGGAUACAUAAGUGGGAUAUAAAUCUAUUAAUAAAUAAAUAAGAUCUCCCUGUGGCCUGUUUAAGGAUGGGGGAAAUUUAAAUGCAGCCUCUGACCAAUAAUCUUGUCCACCCAGGCCAUAUAUGAUAUAUACAUGUGCACGCACACACAUACACACUUGUUCUCUUGGCCUCGGUGAGGUUAUUCUGAGAAUACUUUCAGUCUGUUCUGGGAGAUGAAGUAUUGAGAUUUACUAGAUCACACGGCCAUGAAUUCUGCAAAUCAAGUUAGCAAAGGCUAUACUAUUUCAAGGUUGUGUCAUUGCUUACAACGCUUAUAGAUGAAUACCAGUUGAUUUAACAUUCCCAUUUCUUACCCAGGUUAGUGUUAAUUGAAUGACAGGGUGGUUUGUUUUAGCAACAUAAUUGAGUUUUCCAAAAUAUCCUUUUUGAAAUUCAACAGGGGGCAGGUUCAGGAAAAAAUACACAUGGACAAAUGACUAUAUUAAUUUAUAGUCCUGGGAUUGGUUUUGUGCUCAUCUAUCAUAUAGUGACUGUGUCCAGGGGAGAAAAGCUUAUAUCAAUUUUAUUAAAUUUUUUCUACAAUCCAUCUUUCUCAAGUGGUAUCUCAAAGUAAAUGUUCUUGUAUCUACAGGGAGAUGAUAACCUUUAUCCUUAGCCAAGCUACACCUUUGCACCUCUACACAGGGCCACCCUUGAAGAUGACCCAGAAGUUACAGCUGGUCCAGAAUGCACCAGCGCAUAUGGGUGUGCCUAAGUAUGCCCAUGUAAAACCUCUAUUUUAUAAGCUGCACUGGCUCCCACUGGGCUUCUAGGUGCAAUUCAAGCUGUUGGUUAUUGCCUAUGAAGCCCCUCACAGCUGGGCUAUUUGUGCUGUUUUUUAAAUUGUUCAUUAACUGUAGUGGUUUUUCAUUAAACCAUCCAGAGUUGCACAUUUGAAUGGGCAGCCAUGUCAAUCUAAAUCAGUGUUUUUCAAACUUGGCAACUUUUAAGAUGUGUGAACAUCAAGUCCCAGAAUUCCCCUGCUGGCUGAGAAUAGUAAGACUGGAAAAGAGAUGACAGGGGGAAGCCGGGACCAAAAAGACAGGGUGGGCAAGCACUGCAGUGAACUUCAGAAAGAACAUGGAGUUUAUGCUGCAAAAAUAAUGCUGGGAUAUUUGUUUUGUAUGGCCCUGAACACUGUGCCAGUGGAGAGAGCCUCAUGUUUUCAGGGGGCAACCAGCGGGUUUUGAUGAGCUACUGUGGUCAAAGGAUUCUGCAACAGAAUCUCAUGACCUCAUGUACUCUCCUUUUCUUCUCUGUUUGAACUCCCUCCCCUCACUUUGUACAGUUGGUAUGACAUCACCUUUUUCCUUCAGAUCCUUCCUCGAAUCCAGCCUUAACAUUUAUGCAAAAUCAGGGUUAAAGCUGAGAUUAACUGCAUUCCUGCUUAUUUUGAAUGCCAGCUUCUGCAGUUAGGGACUUCAUUUUUGCUUUGUCGGGUGGCACUGAACUAGCGUGCACAUUUUUCUCUGUUUUAAAAUGCUGCUCCCCUGUUCUCAAAGGAUUACAUCAUUUAGUAAUUUAAAGGCAAAACUCUUCAUUCACUCCCUGGCAAUUAUAAAUUAAACAGAUGAAGACUGCAUCAUAGUAACUACGCAUAAUGAUUAAAAAAUAGCCAGCUAAGGACUGCUUUGAAAGAUGAAUACUGAAUAUAAGUGCCUCCUAGCUUUUUAAAUGCAUUUUAAAAGAAAUGUGUUGUGAAUUAACUGAUCUGUACUGUGAAUGCAUACAUUUCCAGUACUUCACAACGUUUAUCACAAAUGUGAACGUUCUUUCAGUUGUGAUGACUUGAAUAGGUGGUUUCAAAACAUAUACUUUGAAGAUAUAAAAUAAUUCUAGCUUACCCAUUUCUCAAAGCUAGUAAGGACUGCCUUUCUCCCUCACCCCGUCAACACAAAUUAUCAUCUUUCUUUUCUUUGCAAGU